AUGACUACUGUGUUGCCUGAAUUCAUCACGAAAGUAUUCGACUCCUGGACCGUCCUGCGUCUUGCCGAACGUCACGGAACCGGUGGCAGGGAAACAAAAGCCAAGCUCCAAAGUCUAGUAAACUUCGUUAUGCAACGACUAAAUAAGCGUGUCGAAGCCGAGGACCUGGCCGACAUGCUUGAGGACUACCUCUACGACAACCUCAAUGUGCUAUGCGAGGACGACAGCCAAUACGAUGUGGCGAACCUCAUCCUGCAAGCCUUUACUCUUCAUUCAGCUGGCAAGAUUCUUGAACUUGCAGAACUGGCCAGUAAACUCCCCGAGGGCUGCAAUUUAGCCCAAUGUCCUGCACAAGUUGUUGAGGCUGACGUGGACGGUGAAGAUGAAGAGAGCGUCUCCGCCGAAAGCAGCGAAGAUGAUGUGGAAAUGAAUGACGCCUGA